AGAGGAUCUCAUCCAAUCACAGCGCUCCAUUCUCAGGCAGCCCCUCCCCCUAGUCUUACCUCAGGAACACCUGGACGGUAGCGCAACAGAUAGCAUCAUGGGAGCUCCUGAGGUGGCAGCGUGCCAGAGCUUCCUCUCUGUCGUCUCUCAGCUCUGCCACGCCUGCAGCUCCAGGAUCCACCAGCUCGAGCAGGAAGUCUCCGCCCACCGCGGUCACGUGACUGCUCUGCGUGGCGAGCUACAGGACGUCUGUCUCCGUGACAACCUCGCCUUCAUCCCUGUUGAAGAGUUUCCUGCUGACGGGGAAAUGUUUGAUCCUGGUACUCUCCCUGAUUUCUCUAAAUUAUCAAUAAUUAAUGCAGACCCCCCCACACACACACACAAAAUAACCCCGCCUCCAUAAUAAACCCCACCCCCUGUCUUUGAAACACACUUUUUAAUCCUGUUCUUA